UCAUUAAUUCAAACAUGUUCAUUACUUUAACUAUUAACUUUUAUACAUGUUUGCUAUUUAACUUCUUCCGAUCUGUGUCAUUCUGUCGAGGAUAGGACGAUGAUAGGAAAAGUAGGGAAACGAAUGGGAGUGUUUCAAGUUGAAUGUGCCUCGAAAAAAGUCAAAUCGACUUUUGUUCCAAUCGAGUGGAAGGGUGAUAGAUGCGGCGCAAGCGUACAAUGAGCGUAACGGGACAAUGAGUCAUCCUUUUUUCGUGCGCGCAGCCGGCGUUCAUCGAUUUAUUGGACGUUGUCACGUCAAAAAAAGAAACCCGAAGAUGCAGGAUCGGGCGUGAGAAGAAGGCUUGAUGUCGCGGCGAGGGUCGCGCCUGGCGCAGUAGAGCCCCGCCACCGAGCCGGCGAACAGCGGCAGCACGUAGCUGACGAGGAAGGGCGCCGCCACCAGGUAGCCGGUCGCCCUGCGGCCCAGGCGCUCCACGGACCACAUGUAGAGCGGGAUGGUGACGAGGCGCGACAGGUUGAUGAUGGACGCCAGCCACGAGGCGUCCUGGUCCGAGAUGGGCCCCACGGGCGAGCCGGGCCCUUGGAGCACCGACUGCAUGGUCGCCAUCCAGCCGAACGCUAUCCCGGCCAGGAACGAGAGGAUGUUCACUGGAACACGGUGUCUCAACAGAACACUGACUCACAGUGUCACGACAGAACACUGACUCACAAUGUAACAAUAGAACACUGACUCACAAUGUCACUCCAGAACACUGACUCACAAUGUAACACUGUGUCACUCCAGAACAUUGACUCACAAUGUAACUAAAUGUCACAACAGAACACGGUGUCAUUCUAGACACUCUAGAACACUGACUCACAAUGUCACUCUAGAACACUGACUCACUGUGUCACUCCAGAACAUUGACUCACAAUGUCACAAUAGAACACUCACUCACAAUGUAACAAUAGAACACGGUGUAAUUCUAGACACUCUAGAACACUGUGCCACUCUAGAACACUGACUCACAAUGGCACAAUAGAACACUGUCACUCCAGAACACUGACUCACAAUGUCACAACAGAACACUGUGUCACUCCAGAACAUUGACUCACAAUGUAACAACAGAACACUGUGUCACAAUGUAAGAAAAUGUCUCUAUAGACCACAGUAUUACUCUAGAACUCACACAAGGUGUUUCAACAGAACACAGAUUCACAAUGUAAUAAAAUGUCACAACAGAACACUGUGUCACACUGUAACAUGAUAUCACAACAGAACACAGUGAUACUGGAACACCUUGGUACUGUAGGACACUGUCAUAAUGUAACGUGGAGUCAUACUGGAACACAAUGCCACAACGAAACGCAUUAACAUAAAGUGACAAAAAAAACAACGUAACAACUUAACACAGUGACACUCUGGAACACUGUGUUACAACUGAACUCAGUGACAGGAAAUACGUUAUGGUUUUAUGAUGGCAAGGCGAAUUCCAAUCAUUCGUGGUAGCAUAAAAAAAUGUAAUUUUACGCCUUAAAGGAUAGGAAAGUUAAGACCCAUUUUGGUUUGACCAGUUUUUACAAAAAAAAAAUUCUAUUGUUUAAUUAAAACAAAAUAUAAAUUAGCCUUCGUUAAAGCAUUGGUACGUUAUUCAUUGUAACGUCUGGAGUUAAUAGUGACUGGCUGACAAGUUAUAGGCGUAUAGUAUUGAGUUCAUUUUUGGGAAUGACUACUACAGUUCCUGCGAAUAGAUCCGAUAUUAAGGUCUUUAGAAAUAUUUUUGUUCUUGAUUUUUGCGUUAACGAAGGCAGAUUUUCCACAUCAAACGAUGUAAAAAUGUCAUGGCAUGAUAUUUUAUUGAAACCAUAAUGCAUACUGAGUAUCAAACAAUCCCAUUUUUUUUGGGUUCAAUAUUUUUGUGCUGUCAUCAUUUUUGGGUUUUUUUUUCGUUCUGUAAGUCCAUUUUCUUUGUUUGUUUUUUUUUGACCAUAUUCCUGUCAUGGAAUAUCAUGUGGUGUUUAUAUCCUGUUGACAAGAGCAAGUUUUUGCUUAAUUUGUGUUUUUUGUAGUUUUCUUUUACAGACAUACAUGUGCUUUAGCAAUGGCGUAUGUCCAAAAGCUUACAUCAAGUCAUGCACUCCCAUUGCACAAAUCUUUCAAAGAUAAAAUCCCAUGUUGUGUUGAGCCUGCGUCAUUCGUCCGCAUAGCGGUUACACUCACCUGCAGCUGCAGUUACGUAGAGAUUCGUCCUUUUGCCGUGUUUAUUAGGAACGUAGGUCUUCUCUGAUUUCUCCAUGUCCAUCUCGAAGAAUCCACCAGCCCAAGUAAGGAAACGUCAAGUCUCCACGGUGCCCGCAACUCCACGAAACAGCGAAAAACGAGAGAUGCGUACCGCAUACUAAAGUAUCAUUUCGUUGCUAACAUUUCGAUAAGAUACACUGAAGUAUGUUAUUGUCGAUGCAGGAGCUAUUUGCUGUCGUCAUUCGGGUGCGAGAUAUGGUCAAGGUAGCUCGUAAUUUCAAGACAAUCGUUUUUUUUUACGCGCGUGCAUAGUCCAAACCCUUAUCAAAACGUAAAUAAUAAGUGUCCGCAAAUUCCAAGUUCAUUACGUCGCAGCGAUUAGGUCAUGCCUGCGUUUAUUUGCACAAGUAUUACAGAAGUUCUGUAAAAUUUUGUUAGUGUUGUUAACUUACCUGAUGGCAAGUUAGCAACACAGUCAGAAAGAGAUAUCUUACUGAAAAUAAUUAACCCCAAACCCCAAACGUCCAGUGAAUUGUGCCUGAAGACGAAAGUGCGUUCACCAUGAAUGAAAUUCGUUCGACGAACGUACGUACAUGCUCUUCACAAAAAAUAUAGACACUUAAUCUAAAGUACUUCCCAAGUCGGAUAUAUACGCCUUUGUAGUUGGUGUUGAACAACUUAGUUAUAGAAAAUAAUGGAGAAAGUAGUAUUUUGAUAAUGUUUAUUUGAAAAAAUUUCUUCAACCACCGGAAAAUUGGUUGCUGUAGUAAAAUGAUUUCUCUGAAAUAAUUGGGAGUUAAACAUCAGAAAAAUACAUGGAAAAUAAUGGUGUCUCCCAUCUUUCUUCUUGAAGUUUAUUUACAUACAUGAGUUGUCUUUUGCCGCAAGUUUAUCCGUACAAAGUAAGUAGAAAACAUCUAGUAUAUGACAUAAAGUGAUUCCCUAGGCUCCCGCUUGUUUGAAGUUGGGGCUGAACAAAAUUUGUAUACUAAAUAAGAGAGAAAGUAUUUAAGAUGUAUCACUGACCAUCUGGAUUACGUUUAAUUGAAUUUUGUUGCUGUAGCCAAAUUAUUUAAUUGAAAUAAUUGGGGUUAGUACUUUCAUUUCCCACAAAUUUUCGUGUGGUGUAACUACCCUCAAAUAUUUCAAUAAAAUAUUUUGCUACAGCCACAAAAUUCGCAGUUGUUGUAGAACUACAAUAAAUUGCACUUAAUCCAGACUCUCGUUGUUCUGUUUAAAUUAUUUACAUUACAAAUGUUGUUGAACCCCGACUUCAAAGACGUACACCAGCCUUGUAAACCUUGAUAUAUAUGUUAUCAACUCAUUUUGUCGUAAUGCACCUACGACUAAAGUUUUUCGGUCGAAAUCAGACGCAUCUUAUAAAUAUAAUAUAUAUAUAGUAGUAGUAAGUAACUGUAUUUAAUCACUAUCUCAAUUUCCUUAGGCCAAAGAAUCUAAGGAUAAUUCAUUUUACACAUAAUUGAGUGUCAGUCACGUUACAGGGGAAUUUAGUUUCUGUUCACAUAGUUAAAUGCAUGUUGUGGUUUAUAGAGUGGUUAUCUGCAGUCAAAGUGUACCAAGAAAAUAAAGCAUCUACUUUUGGCCGAUUCGUCUGUUAACCUUGAUAACCUUCGUUAUAUCUGACAUGUUUAUUUUUUUAUAUAAGACAGCCUUGCCCGCUAGUUGCGAACUUGUUCCGAGUAUUCUGCCACUGAACAUCAACUUUACAAAUGAGUAAAAUGCAGUACACAGCAAGACUGGCCUCGCUACUCGCGACCCUGGCGGUCACGCUCACCAACCAAGAACCAGUCGAUUGUAAUCUCGAUGGUGGAUUAUCGGUGAACGAACUAUUUGACAAGAUGACAAAGAUGGCUCAAAAUCUCAUGUCCCAAACAGCAGUAAACUAUACUGCAGUGGGAUCUGAAGGCACCAUUGAAAUGCAGUUCAGUGGCUUCACUAGUACUAUCAAGUUCACUGGUGCUAACAAGCCGACACUAGAAAAUACCACUUCAAAUGCAAAAAACUGCUGCGUCGCCGGAGACGCGGUGUGCGACGCUGCGGCCCGGCUGCAGCAGCUCGGCUACGAGGAGGGACUCGGCGGCCACUACUACAAGACCCACGGCGAGGCCCGCAACUGGUGGGCGGCCAGGAGGACCUGCGAGAAGGAGGGCGGUCACCUGGUCGUCGUCAACUCGAACGAGGAGGCCCUGUUGGUGACGAGGAUGAUCUCGGCGGGAAGCGUCCUCCACACCGACUACUCGGACCAAGCCUACGUCGGCGCCAGCGACCUGGAGGAGGAAGGCGUCUUCGUCACCGUACUGGGUGGUAACAUCAGCACUAGUGGAUAUGGCGUUUGGUUUGCAUCCAACCCCAGCAACAACAAAAACGUGAACCCAUUUGGGGAACAUUGCGUCUCAUUGUUUAUUGAUGGUACUCACAGGGGCCUAAAUGACGUCCACUGCGAAGCGAAACUUCCGUUUGUGUGUGAAACUUCAGUUCCGGAAAUCAUUAACCCGUGCUAGAAACGCCGCAUGUAGAUUUAUGCUGGAAUAAUAUAAGCUUGAUGUCGCGUCACAAAAACUUCAUUCCCUCCUGAGAAGAAAAAUAUAUAUAUUUCCAUCGCUUCGCAGGUGCGAUGUAACUGAAAUGAGCGUGAUAAUUUGGUUUUCGAAUAUUGUUUAUAUUGGCACAUUGGCAUUAAUUAACUUCGUUAGACAUUAAAAUAUUUUAUGCAGUUAAUUGAUUUGUCACAAAAGAAAGUUUGGAACAAUGUAAGGAAUUACUAUAUUGUUGUAUUUUAUUUUGGUGAUCGGAGAAUUUUUACUUUGAAUUCUCUGCGAAGUGGUACUCAGAACCGGAGAUGUGAAUUAAAAAUAACUAUUAUUAACUCAGUACUCUAAUUAUUGUCACUAAAUUGCGUAGGUCUGAUAAUCUGUCAAACCUACAAAAAUGAACAGAAUAUUUGCGACAGAGCCUUUCCUAAUGAAUCUGGGUUCAUAACAAAACAAAACAGUAGGUUCUUUUGAUUAGACCGCUAUGGGAGAUGAAUAGAUUUUAUUAUGUGAGCACGGUGCAACAGCCAAUGAGAAAAGAUUAUGGUGCCUUUUGGGCUAAACUUAGAGAAGUGUUUAUACUUAUCAAUUCCUGCUUACAAUUACUUAAAAAAAUGUCACUAGCGAAUAAAUGCAAAUGCAAAAUCGUUAUCUAAAAAUGUUACUUUGUGUUGAAAAACUGUGUUCAUAGACUAUUAUGGGGUGGUCAAUAUAGUUAUUUAUUAACACUACCAACAGAUGUCUGCUACAUUGAGAAAUUUCAUUGGCUGAAAUGAACUGUAAGAUUUCAAUUGUGUACAAUUUUUUCGCACAUUCGUUUUUAUGCCUGCUAUGCACUCGUUUAUUUAUGUAUGUGUUUUGAGUGCAAACCCAGUCUUAGUAUAGGGCAAGAAGAAUAUACUUGCCUGCCUUUCUCGAGACAAUAGACUGCUGAAGAUACCACAAAGUUAGCCAAUAAUUAAAAAUAUUCAUCCUUAAGAAACUUUAGCAAUUUUGUAAUACGUUUAUUAUGUCACGGAUAUGACAGCCACUAUGCCAGUUUUCAAUGCGUUCGGCCAUGCAGUAAAACCAAUGUCAGUUGUGUGAAAAUUACAGACGCAUCGAAUGAAGGCUCAGAAAUUUCAGACGUGAGUUAUGUCAAACGAACCACCGAAAACGCUUAGAACAGCUUCCGGAUAUCAGACAAAAAAUUUUCAAUAGUAACCUACGUACUAAUGUGUUUGGAAAAUAAUUAGUUAUUAAUGUGGCGUUGCAUCGCCACAUACCACGAGCUGUCCCGUCGGUGUGUAUGUACAUCCCUGGGGGGGGGGGGGGGGGGUAGAACGCAGCACCCUCCAAGAAUUCCCCCCUCUGCCCUGAUGCCAAGGGGACUAUCACCCCUCCUCGUGAUGGGCUGCCAUGCCUGCGAGGAGAUAAGAAGCACCAGUCCUCGUCUGCCUUUCAUCACGGAGCAGGCUGAGUUGCUCGCCGUAGAUAAAUGUAACCUUGUUAGCGCAAAUAAAUAGUGUGUGUUUAA